AUGACAGACACAACUGUCAGUUUCAUGGAUCCUCUCGUUAGACAGACUAAUUCACUUCAAUAUGUAACUUUAAGAAAUAGAGAUCUCCGUUUCAACCGCAUUAGGGAUAUCACCAAAGGAACUUUUAUAGACAACCAUCGCUUGGUUACUUUGUUGCUAAACAACAAUGAUCUCAAACGGCUCAGGAACGAAACGUUUCGUGGGCUAUACAACUUGCAGAACCUCUAUUUGUACAAGAACCGCAUCAGGGACAUUGAAAGUGGUACUUUUACACAUCUCACUCGUCUUGAAAGACUAUAUCUGCAAGCCAAUGAUCUCCAUGAAUUUAAAGCUGCCACAUUUUCAAAUCUGCCAUUUCUUGAUAGACUCUAUUUAUACAACAACCACAUUAAAGAAAUACCAAGAGGUGCCUUCCACAAUCUACCCAAACUCCAACGGUUACGCUUAGACCACAACGCCCUGAUAUGCGACUGCAAGAUGGCCUGGUUCAGCAAGAUGCUGACCAAUGACAAGUCAGUACUACAAGCAUCAGCCAGUUGCUCUCAACCAAACGAAAUGUACGGGAAAAGUAUCGUCGGAAUGGACCACAGACAUUUUCACUGUCAACCACCAAAAAUAGUUCAAAGCCCUGAGGAUGUGGAAAUCACUUUAGGUGGAAUAGCAACAUUUACUUGUGCGGUUCAAAGUGAAGAAGAACCGACCAUAGUUUGGAUGAAGGGUGAAAAAGAGAUUUUGCCCGAUGAUAACAAGUACAAAAUGAUGGAGAAUGGAACGCUGAUGAUACAGUUUACCGAGGAGAGUGAUAAUGGAUUUUAUGAGUGUCUGGCUAAGAAUCCAGAGGGCGAAGUUCGGUCCAGACCGGCCAGGAUGGUUGUUUAUCCCAGUCAAAACGAGGAAGGAAUUGAUUAUGAUAUGCCAAAGCUUGUUAAAGUUCCCCAAAGCGUCAGCGUCAACGUUGGUACUCAACAAGUACUACUAGAAUGCCAAGCGUUAGGAUAUCCGGUUCCUCAAAUUAUCUGGUCCCAUAACGGACGUCAACUAGCCUCAACGUCCAAAACUGUUAUAUUGCCCAGCGGUACUCUUCUGAUUAGGAACAUCGAAGGUUCAGAUCAUGGUACUUAUCUCUGCGAAGCCUUCAACGACAAUGGCAGAGUUUCAGCUGAAGCCAAUGUACUUAUUAAUGUGGCGCCAAUCUUUACUAUUCAACCGGAGAAUGCUGAAAUACUGACAGGUGGUACUAUCAAUCUGGAGUGUUCGGCUUCUGGUACUCCGACCCCGGAAAUCACGUGGUUCAAAGAUGACUUGGAGGUUCUUCCCAACGACGAGAGAGUAUUUUACAACGGCGACAGAAGUCGUUUAGAAAUAAGACAUGCCAUAGAAUCUGACUCUGGAUUAUACAUUUGUGAAGCCAGAAAUCCACUAGGAACCAGAGAAGUCAGCGCACGGAUCACGAUUUCAGGUUUUAACACCAAACCACCCAAGCUAGUGUAUAAGCCGUACAAUAUCGAGGCUUUAGUGGGUAGUACUAUUGAACUACCUUGCAAGGCAGUGGGCGAUCCCAAUCCUGGUAUUACUUGGCAGAAAGACGGAGCUCGUAUGCAAAGAACUGGGAGAUAUAAGAUCAGCUUAACAGGAGGUCUCUAUAUUUAUAAGGUUGCUGCUGAAGACCAAGGUCGAUACGAAUGCAUAGCCAACAACGACCAUGGCAGGGACUCAGCUUCAGGCUACAUCACCGUCAAAGACCCUACAGUUUCAACAGGCGCGGUGGGCAGUAUCAGCGACAGGUUCAUCAAGAUCGCCUUCACCGAAGCUUCCAGCGAGAUUGACAAGGCCAUCAACAACACCAUCGAUAAUUUCUUGCACAACAAACAUCCUUCUUCGUCGGAGUUGUUCAGGAUUAUCCGGUAUCCCAAUGCACCAGCUAGGGAAUUAGCCAGGGCUGCAGAGGUUUAUGAAAGAACUCUGGUGAAUAUCAGGAAGCAUAUUCAGAAAGGCAGUGUUAAUAUGACUCAUACAACAGAUUUCAGUUAUAAGGAGAUACUGUCUCAGGAAAAACUGGAUUUGAUCGCUAGAUUAUCAGGUUGUAACGCCCACAGACACACAAAAAAUUGUUCAGACAUGUGCUUCCAUUCGAAGUACCGCAGCAUAGACGGUACCUGUAACAACCUCCAACAUCCCACUUGGGGAGCUAGUUUGACAGGAUUCCGUAGAGUACUGAAACCGAUUUACGAAGAUGGAUUUGCCAGACCAGUUGGAUGGGAGAAGAACAAACUUUACAAUGGAUAUCCUAAACCAGCAUCUAGAAAGGUAUCUACUAGUUUGAUUGCCACGUCAAAGAUCACCCAAGACGAAGAAAUAACCCAUAUGGUGAUGCAGUGGGGCCAGUUCUUAGAUCACGAUUUGGACCACGCUUUGCCUAGUGUCAGUUCAGAAACUUGGGAUGGAAUAGAUUGUAAGAAGUCUUGCGAAUAUGCCGCUCCUUGUUAUCAAUGGAUGUACCAGAAGAUGAUCCAAGAAUCACCAAUAGGGUUGUUCACCACAUACGAACGGAACUAUGAAUUUGCCAAACGAUUAGAUUUGUCGCAAAUUAUAUAUGGUUUUUCUGAUGAACUAGCGCGUGAAAUCCGGGACAUAGACGCACCCUUAGGCCGUCUAAAGGAAGGUCCAGUGUUCGAGGGAAGAAAGCCUUUACUACCUUAUGCAGGAGGACAAGGAAUGGAUUGUAGAAGAAACUUGUCAGAGAGUGACGUUAACUGUUUCCUGGCUGGUGAUAUUAGAGUCAAUGAACAAAACGGACUCACUGCUAUGCACACCUUGUGGAUGAGAGAACACAAUAGAUUGGCCAAAGAAUUAAGAUAUUUAAACCCUCACUGGGACGGAGACAUGCUAUUCUACGAAGCCAGAAAGAUUGUAGGAGCUGCCAUUCAGCAUAUAACUUACAAACAUUGGUUGCCUUUUGUUGUUGGACCGAAAGGUAUGGAACUGCUGGGAGAAUAUAAAGAAUAUGAUCCCCUGAUCAACCCGAGCAUAUCUAAUGUAUUUGCUACGGCAGCUUUGAGAUUUGGACAUACUCUUAUUAACCCAAUUUUACACAGGUACGACUCGAAUUUUAAUCCUAUCAGAGAAGGACAUCUUCCGCUUCACAAAGCAUUCUUCUCUCCUUGGAGAUUGGUUGAAGAAGGAGGCAUUGAUCCUUUACUCAGAGGCAUGUUUGUUACGGCUGCUAAGAAGAAAAUGCCUAGAGAAAACUUAAAUACCGAAUUAACCGAAAAGUUAUUCAAUACUGCCCAUGCUGUUGCUCUGGAUUUAGCUGCAAUGAAUAUACACAGGUCUCGAGAUCAUGCCUUACCAGGAUACGUAGCUUUCCGCAAUUUUUGCGGAAUGCGUAAAGUCACAAGCUUCGAUGAUCUAGCCUCCGAAAUAUCAGACGACGAAGUCCGAGAAAAGAUGGAGAAGCUGUACGGUCACCCAGAAAAUAUCGACGUCUUCGUUGGAGGAAUUUUGGAGGACCCUGUAGAAGGAGGCAGGGUCGGACCCUUGUUUAGAUGUCUCCUUGUGGAACAGUUUAAGAAACUGAGAGACGGUGACAGGUUUUGGUACGAGAAUCCUUCAGUCUUUAAGCCAGAACAGUUGGUACAAAUCAAACAGUACUCCUUGUCUCGAGUACUGUGUGAUAACGGAGAUAAUAUCACCAAAAUCACAAAGGACGUUUUUGUAUUACCUGAAUUGCAGGAAGGCAUCGGAAGAUGUGAGGAUGUUCCGAAAGUGGAUUUAAGACUGUGGAGUGAGUGCUGUUCUGAUUGCAGAUAUACCGGACAACUAAACACCAUCAGCAGAUUGAACGCAAGAAGCAGAAGAAACACGGAAAGUGAAGGAAAACACGAUAAAGAGUUGAUACGACUCAGGAAGAGAGUGGCGAGUCUUGAAGAAAAACUCGAGCUAGCCAUUAGGAAGUUCGACGAGUUAUGAGGGACAUACUAUACUUAAAGAUGUACAUAAACGUGUAAUUUUACUUAUGUAUUAUUAUUUUUUUGUUCUGCGUAUUACCGAGAAACGUACUUACUUCGUUGUUUAAGCCAUGAAAACUUUGAUGAGCCGGUGAAUGACAUUUAUAUGGAUGUAUUAGAAUUAGAAAAUUAAUUGGUAGAUCUUAAUCGUAAGCUUAAAAUUAUAACUGUUUUUUGUUAGUUUAAGCAUUAAGUAAUGUGCCAUUUUCAUCUCUAAUAGGCAUUAAAAUUCUUUCAUGCCAUUUCAUUAAUUUUACUAAAACCGUGCCUUUUUGUAUGUUACCUUUUAACAUUUGUUGUUUGAUAAAUGAGAAUAAAGCUUUAAUAAUUAAAACCUAA